AUGUUUCUGCAAAUGCUCGUUCGGAAAGAGGAUCGCAGCGCUUUGUUAUUCCCGUAUAGAGAUUCCCCAGAGCUUCCUAUGAGUACGAUGGUGUCCGACGUCGCGAUAUUCGGAGCAGCUUGCUCGCCAGCACAUUCACAGUAUGUGAAGAAUUUAAAUGCGAUAGAACAAGAAGCAGAACUUCCGCGAGGGGCGGCAGCUGUAAAAACAAGGCAUUACGUGGACGACUACGUAGAUAGUUUUGACACGGCAGUGGAAGCAUUCGCGGUGGCGAAAGAAGUAAUCGAGGUGCAUAAGCGAGCGGGGUUUCACAUCCGCAACUGGAUGUCGAGCGACAGGAGCGUGCUAGACAAGCUAGGUGAAGAAAGCCAGAAGUCAUCGAAAGCCAUGUUACCGGAGCAGGACAUUGGAUUCGAACGAGUGCUUGGAAUGGCGUGGAUUCCGGAGAAGGAUGUCUUCACAUUUUCACUGCAGUUUUGCGAGAAGGUGCGGAUUCUGCUAGAUGGGGGCACGAUUCCGACAAAGAGAGAAAUGCUUCGGUUGGUCAUGAGCAUCUACGAUCCCUUAGGGCUGGUAGCAUCAUUUGUCGUACACGGAAAAAUCCUAAUUCAGGAUGUUUGGCGAAGUGCAACGGACUGGGACAGCAAUAUUCCCUUGGAGAUAGCUACACGCUGGUUUGAAUGGUUGGCAGUAUUGAGGAACAUGACCGGACUACGUAUACCUCGGUGUUAUUUUCCAGGUUACGAUCCGGAAAGCUUCAAAAGUCUCGAGCUGCACAUAUUCGUAGACGCGAGUGCUCAGGCGUUUGCUGCGGUGGCGUAUUUUCGCAUAAUGGAUCGAGGGCAAGUCAGAGUUUCGCUUGUCUCGUCGAAGACGAAAGUUGCACCACUCCGAGGAGUGUCGAUUCCACGGUUGGAGUUGAUGGCAGCGUUGCUAGGAGCUCGUUUGCGGAAAAGUAUCGUAGAAAAUCAUUCACUAGAGAUUAAAAAGACCUGUUUCUGGAGCGACUCGUCUACGGUUUGUUCCUGGAUAAAAUCGGACACCCGUCAGUAUCGCCAGUUCGUCGCUUUCAGAGUUGACGAAAUAUUGAGCCUUUCAAGCAUCGAGGAAUGGCAGUGGAUUUCGACAAAGGUCAACGUGGCAGACGAAGCCACAAAGUGGGGAAAGGGCCCUUCGUGCAAUACAGAAAGCCGUUGGUUCCAGGGACCUGAAUUUCUUUACAACAGCAGCGGUACAAAUUGGUCGACGGUUCCGGAAGAUGGCACAGAUGAAAGCGACAGGGAGUUACGCGAGGCAUUCGUAUGCAGUCAUCUCGUAAAGCAAUCGGUAGUGGAGACUGCAAGAUUUUCACGAUUCGAAAGAAUGUUACGGUCGAUAGCAUACGUUCAUCAUUACGUUGAUAGCCUGCGUGCAUCGAAGAACGUUGGAUCUACAGGUACGGUUGGGUUGACUAGUGCUGAGAUUCAGAAAGCGGAAAGAACGCUGUGGUUGAUCGCGCAGUCUGAAGCGUUCCCAGACGAAGUGGCGACAUUAAAGCAGAAUGCGGAAGGAAGUAGGGUACAGAAGCAAAUAGGCGUGGCCAGUAGCCUAGUAAAGAUGUCACCAUUCGCUGACGAGUACGGAGUGCUAAGGGUAGGUGGUAGAGUUGCUGCUGCGCAAAUUCUAGCCUACGACUCGAAGUUUCCUAUCAUCAUGCCGAGAAACCAUCGGAUUACGGAACUGCUGCUGGACUUCUACCAUUGGAAGUACGGUCAUGCCAACGAUGAGACCGUAGUCAACGAGGUUCGUCAGAGAUUCCACAUUCCACGAUUGCGAGUGGAAGUUCGUUUGACCAGAAAACGCUGCGUGUGGUGCCGUGUAUACAAGACAAUGCCAGUUGCUCCUAAAAUGGGACCACUACCAGCGGUGCGAUUGGAACCGUGUGUACGUCCAUUCACCUACGUGGGCGUAGAUCUCUUUGGACCGUACUCGAUAAAGGUCGGACGAAGCGUAGCUAAACGAUGGGUGUGCCUUUUCACUUGCCUCACAAUCAGAGCCAUCCAUCUUGAGGUAGUGUCCAGUUUGUCUACCGAUGCUUGUAAAAAGGCGAUCCGGAGGUUUGUAGCACGACGAGGCGCUCCACAGGAAAUCUACUCCGACAAUGGGACAAACUUUGUUGGGGCGGGCCGGGAUCUGAAGGAUGAAAUUAAGAGGAUUCACUCUGAAUUGGGCAGUACCUUCACGAAUGCCCAAACUCAGUGGCGGUUUAAUCCUCCUGCUGCUCCUCAUAUGGGAGGCUGCUGGGAGAGAAUGGUUCGAGCUGUAAAAUCUGCGCUUGGAUGUGUUCCGGUAGUAAGAAAACUGGACGAUGAAUCGUUCGCAACGGUGCUGGUAGAGGCGGAAAGUAUGAUAAAUUCUAGGCCAUUGACAUUCAUUCCUCUCGAAUCGGCCGACCAUGCGUCGUUAACCCCUAAAGACUUUCUGCUGCUACACUCCAGUGGCGUCCGAGAUCCAGUAAAACUACCAACGGACGAAGGUAUAGCGUUGAGGAGUAGCUGGAACAUGGUGAAGCAUACCCUGGAUAACUUUUGGCGGCGCUGGGUGGUUGAAUACUUGCCAACUAUCGUUAGACGUACGAAGUGGUUCCGAGACGUCAAACCGAUAAAAGUGGGAGAUCUCGUUCUCGUGGUGGACGGGAACAUUCGGAACCGAUGGUUGCGUGGACGAGUGAUCCAUACAGUACCUGGAAAGGAUGGGGUAACGCGUCGCGCAGAAGUGAAGACGUCGGCAGGAAUCUUGAAGAGACCUGUUACAAAGUUGGCUGUGCUGGACGUAGAAGAAUCUGGUGACGCUGAACCGGAAGUUAAGGCGACACGGGGGGGAGGAUGUUCGCCGCAACAGCCCGUUGUUUGUAAACAGCCCCUGGUACGUGAACAACCCUAG